UCACGUGACCAGAAACGUCAAGGAUUCAAUGGCAGCCUACUGUUUGUAAAUUAACACAAGGGACAGCUGCAUAAAAUAGUGUUUUAAACGACAGAAUUGCAUUUCUAAGACGCUGCCAUGUCUCCCAAGAUCACGGUGGAGCUGCUGCGGCAGCUACGGCAAGCCAUGAGGAACACCAAGUACAUCGCUGAGCCCAUCCAGGCCUACAUUGUCCCCUCUGGAGACGCACACCAGAGUGAAUACAUCGCACCAUGUGACUGCAGACGCGAAUUCAUCUGUGGCUUCAAUGGCUCCGCAGGCACGGCCAUAGUAACAGAGAAGCAUGCGGCCAUGUGGACAGACGGACGGUACUUCCUCCAGGCCAGCCAGCAGAUGGACAACAACUGGACCCUCAUGAAGAUGGGUCUGAAGGAGACACUUAGCCAGGAGGACUGGCUGAUCAGUGUGCUGCCUGAGAACUCGACAGUAGGAGUGGACCCCUGGAUCAUUGCUGCCGACCAGUGGAAGAACAUGUCUAAGGCCCUGGCCAGUGCAGGCCACUCCCUGGUGGCUGUUCAGGACAACCUGAUAGAUGCCAUCUGGAUGGACCGUCCAACCAGACCCUCCACUCAGCUCAUCACCCUGGGCCUGGGGUUCACGGGUCUGACCUGGCAGGACAAGAUGACCGCUCUGAGAUCCAAGAUGGCCGAGAGGAAGAUCUCUUGGUUCGUUGCCACGGCGCUGGAUGAGAUUGCAUGGCUGUUCAACCUCCGUGGCUCUGACAUCGAGUACAACCCUGUUUUCUUUGCGUACGCCAUCGUUGGAAUGAACACAAUCAGGCUCUUCGUGGACAUCAAGCGCCUGGCCGUGCCGACGGUGAGGGAGCACCUUCAGCUGGACACGCCCUCCAAGGUGGAGCUUAGCAUCCAGACUGCCCCCUAUGAAUCUGUGUUCACAGAGCUGCAGGCUGUGUGUGCGUCCCUGGGGCCCAAGGAGAAGGUGUGGAUCAGCGACAAAGCCAGCUGCGCCCUCACACAGGUCAUCCCCAAGGCCCACCGGUCUCCUAUCCCCUACACUCCUCUCUGCCUCGCCAAAGCUGUCAAGAACGCCACCGAGAUUCAAGGGAUGAAAAUGGCCCAUAUCAAGGAUGCUGUCGCCCUUUGUGAGCUCUUCGCUUGGUUGGAAAAAGAGAUUCCAAAAGGCACAGUGACUGAGAUAUCCGCAGCAGAUAAGGCCGAGGAGUUACGCAGCCAACAGAAAGACUUUGUCGGACUCAGCUUCCCAUCCAUUUCCAGUGUUGGACCAAACGGAGCAAUCAUUCAUUACAGACCCCUCCCUGAAACCAACAGAACUCUCUCUCUAAACGAAAUCUACCUCCUCGACUCUGGAGCCCAGUAUAUUGAUGGAACAACAGACGUCACCCGCACCAUGCACUUUGGGUCCCCCUCUGCUUAUGAGAAGGAAACCUUCACCUAUGUUCUGAAGGGACAUAUAGCCGUCAGCGCUGCCAUUUUCCCCAACGGAACCAAAGGUCACCUGCUGGACUCGUUUGCCCGCCAGGCGCUGUGGGAGUCUGGGCUGGACUACCUUCAUGGUACGGGCCACGGGGUGGGAUGUUUCCUCAAUGUCCACGAGGGACCCUGUGGGAUCUCCUACAAGACCUUCGCCGACGAGCCCCUGGAGGCAGGCAUGAUUGUCAGCGAUGAACCUGGGUACUAUGAGGACGGUUUGUUUGGCAUUCGAAUUGAAAACGUUGUUCUGGUGGUGCCAGCAAAACCCAAGUACAACUACAGGAACAAGGGCAGUUUGACAUUUGAGCCUCUCACUCUGGUCCCCAUCCAAGCCAAGAUGGUAAACACAGAUCUUCUCACCCAGAAAGAGCGUGAUUGGGUGAACGAGUACCACAGGCAGUGCCGGGAGACGAUUGGAGCAGAGCUGGAGAGGCAGGGCCGCAAGGAGGCCAUGGAUUGGCUGAUCAGGGAAACCCAGCCAAUCGCCUGAAGGCUUUUCUGUGACUGACUCUUAUUUCAUUCAAUUGUAUUGCCCAGGAGUACAAUUGAUCGAUCAAUUGAUUGCUCAUCUCAGCAGUGAUGAUAACCUUUUCUUUUGAUAUUUUCUCUGAGAAGCUACUAUCUAUGGUUCUGGUCUCUGUGUAUUUCACGCUAUGCUUCUUUUCUAAAGCAUCAUCACCAUCCAUGUCUGAACUGUUUUAUGGCGAUUCAAUAAAUAUCCAAGUGUGGAAAAAAG